AUGAAGUUCUCGCAUAGCCUCCAGUUCAACAGCGUCCCGGACUGGGCGGACAAGUACGUCGCCUACUCGAACCUCAAAAAGAGCAUCUACCUCCUCGAGCGCGACCUCCCCAUGCUCCCCUCGGACAACGCCAACGCGGACGACGUCGAAAACGAGUCGGCAAACCUCCUCCAGCAGGCCGCACAGAGCGACACCGACCGCCACUUUGUGCCCCUGCUCGACAAGGAGCUCCAGAAGAUUGUCGCCUUCUUCAACGAAAAGCACGCAGAGAUGCAGGCCGACCUCGGCGCCCUCGAGCGCGACCUCGAACGCACCGAAAACGAGGAGAUCGACGACGACAGCGACCAGCCUUUCAGCGACGACGACGACGACGACGACGACGCCCUCGUCGACACGGUGCGCACCGGCAAGGCCAGCACCGGCCGCCGCAACAGCAUCGACCAGCUCUUCAACGACCCGCACCGCUACAACCGCGCCACCCGCGAGGAGCAGCGCCUCCGCGGCUGGGGCAGGUCCAGCACCGACGACGCCGCGGCGCGCUCGCGCAAGGACAGCCAGCUCACCGACCACAGCGCCUCGUCGCGCCGCCCCUCGACGGCCGAGGACGCCGUCGACGCCAUGACGGCGUCGCUCGAGCGCGGCCAGCUGCGACGCAACCGCGCCACGUCCAACGCCAGCCUCUCGCAGUCGCAGCCGCAGCGCGGCAAGUGGAACAUCUUUACAAAGAAGCCGCUCCGCCGCCGCUCGCUCGGCCUGCUGCACCCGGGAGACGGCAAUGGCGAGGCCGGCAUCGGCGGCGGCAUCGGCGGUGGUGGAGAGCGGACCGGCGGCGCGAGCGAGGCCGGCGACAGCAGUUUUGGCGGCUCCAAGGUCAUGAGCAUCUGGACGGCCGAAAACGACUACGCCAUCGACAUGCGCAUCACCUUCAAGCGGCGCAUCACCGACCUCUUUGUGGCGUUCAGCGAGCUCAAGCAGUUUGUCCAGCUCAACGAGACUGGGCUGAGGAAGAUUUUGAAAAAGUACGACAAGAUCACCAAGAGCGAGCUCAAGGACCGCUACCUCGACGGCGUGGUGCGGGCCGAGGCGCCCUUUAUGCGCGAGACGAUGCAGCGCCUCGACGAGACGAUUGCGCUGCUGGUGCAGUUCUACGCCAAGGUGGUGACCAACGGCGACGGCGAGGCGGCGCUGCAGCAGCUCAAGACGCACCUGCGCGAGCAGGUCGUGUGGCAGCGCAACACCGUCUGGCGCGAGAUGAUUGGCAUCGAGCGGCGGGCGCAGGGCGCGGCGCUCGAGCGCACCGUCAUGGGCUCGACGAAGCGCGCCGACUACGAGCCGGCCAAGCCGACGCGGCUGCGCACGCCGUGCGGCGCCGUGACGGUGCCGUCGUGGCUGAGCAUGAGCACGCUCCACCUCGUCGAUCGCGUUCACGGCGCGUGGCGGCGCGCGCCCGGCCUGCGCUUCUUCAACCGGGUCGAGGAGCAAAACUGCCUCGCCAUGCUCGUCUUCUGCACCAUCCUGUGGGCGACCGAGGUGAUCCCGCUGUUUGUCACGUCGCUGCUGGUGCCGCUGCUGGCCGUGACGCUGCGCGUGGCGCGCACCGACGACGGCCACGACCGGCGCAUGACGGCGAGCGAGACGACCAAGUGGAUCUUUUCGCAGAUGUUUGCGCCCAACAUGUGCCUGCUGCUGGGCGGCUUCACGCUGGCCGCCGCGCUGUCCAAGUACGGCAUCGACAAGAUCCUGGCCACCAAGGUGCUGCGCUUGGCGGGCACGCGGCCGAGCACGGUGCUGCUGGCGCACAUGUGCGUGGCGUGCUUUGCCAGCAUGUGGAUCAGCAACGUGGCGGCGCCCGUGCUCAUGUACUCGCUCAUCCAGCCCAUCCUGCGCAACCUGCCGUCCAAGUCGCCGUACGCCUCGAGCCUCAUCAUGGGCAUUGCGCUCGCCUCCAACAUCGGCGGCCAGACGUCGCCCAUCGCCUCGCCGCAGAACCUUAUCGCGCUGCAGUACAUGAAGCAGCCCGUCGGCUGGCUCCAGUGGUUCGCCGUCACGAUCCCCGUCUCUGGGCUGUCGCUCGUCGUCAUCUGGCUGCUACUGCUCUGGUCGUACGGCAGCGGCAGCGGCACCGUCAUCAAGCGCAUCAACGAGACGCGCGACCCGUUCACGCGCAUCCAGUGGUUCAUCGCCGGCGUCUCGGUGGCGACGAUUGCGCUGUGGUGCCUCGAAAAGAACUUUGAGUGGCUCGUCGGCGACAUGGGCAUCAUCGCCAUUGUGCCCAUCGUUCUGUUCUUCGGCACGGGCAUCCUGACAAAGGAAGACUUCAACACGUUCCUCUGGACCGUCGUCUUUCUCGCCAUGGGCGGCAUCGCCCUCGGAAAGGCCGUCACCUCGAGCGGCCUCCUCGAGAGCCUCGACGACGUCAUCCAGGAGAUUGUCAAGGAGCUUCCCAUCUGGCAGAUCCUCAUCUGUCUCCUCUGCAUCGGCCUCGUCGUGGCCACCUUUAUCUCGCACACGAUCGCCGCAGUGCUCCUGGUGCCCAUCGCGGCGCAGGUGGGCGAAUCGCUCGAGACGCCGCACCCGCGCCUCCUGAUCCUCGUCACGGCGCUCGUCGCCAGCGCCGCAAUGGGCCUGCCCGUCAGUGGCUACCCGAACCAGAUUGCCGUUUCCAUGGAGGACGACCUCGGCGACCGCUACGUCUCGGUAAAGGACUUCCUCAAGGUCGGCAUCAUCGCAUCCGUCUGCGCCACCCUCAUCAUCGGUACCAUUGGCGUCGUCAUCAUGUUCGCCCUCCAGUUCUGA